CUAAUGGCUGCCGACUGUUUUUGUUGGAGAAGAGUAACGUGUUAUAAAUAUGCAUGCUUUAUUUAGCAAACAGAAGUCACUGGUUAUCAGCACAAAAAAUGUUGUUAAAAGUGGCUGUCGCUGUCAACACUGGAGAAAAUGCAAUGUUUACAAAUAUGAGAGGCUGUUCGGGUCUUCUUCAAGUCGCUGGAUUUCGUCUCCAAGCAGAUAUGUUUCUGGCGUCGUGAGGGCGAGUAGUGGAGCUUGCGUAACAGUGCAAUGUAAUGUAGCUCCCAAUCCGCUGAAAUGUGAUGCGCAAGUAAAUAACGCAGUUUCAGGCCGAAUCGGCAUGCUUUUGAACCAUGCACGACCUGGUAAUUACAUUGAAAACCGUUUAAUCAUUUCGAGACAAUUGUACGUGUCGUCUCAUUGGAGACUGCCUAAUAAAGAACCUAGCAAACCGUCGUCUAAAGUGGAAGAGACAGUUCAGGCGCUUAAGGAGGAUCUCAAAGAGAUUGAAAAGAAGAAAGCUGCUGCAGUAGAUCAGAUUAAGGUGAAGAAGUCAUGGAAGCAAUGGAUUGUGGAUGAAGUCAUGCACUACUACCAUGGCUUUCGGCUGCUGUUUAUUGACGUCAACAUUUCCCGGAAGCUUCUUUGGCGAGUUCUCAAAGGAAAGACUUUGACACGGAGAGAACAUAAGCAGUUGGUGCGAACAGUUGGCGAUGUGUUCCGAUUAGUUCCUUUCUCAGUUUUCAUAAUAAUCCCUUUCAUGGAGCUGUUGCUGCCGUUUGCCAUCAAGUUCUUCCCGGGGAUGCUGCCGUCCACGUUCCAGACCGCCACCGAGAAGGAGGACAAGAUGAAGCAGUCUCUCAAAGUGAAACUGGAAAUGGCAAAGUUCCUUCAAGUCACGCUGGACGAAAUGGCUGUGGAAAGCAAAGGACGCAUGUCCGAAGGCGUGAAAGAAUUCAUGGAUUUUGUGACGAGGCUGCGCUCGUCGGGGCAGCCCCCGAGCAACGAGGAGAUCAUCAGGUUCUCGAAGCUGUUCGAGGACGAGCUGACGCUGGACUCGCUGACCCGCCCCCAGCUGGUGGCCCUGUGCCGGGUGCUGGAGCUCCAGCCCCUGGGCACCGUCGCCUUCCUGCGCUUCCAGCUGCGCAUGCGCCUGCGCAACCUGGCGGCCGACGACAAGGUGAUCGCGAAGGAGGGGCUGGAGUCGCUGACGCCCUGGGAGCUGCAGCAGGCGUGCCGCGCCCGCGGCAUGCGCGCCUACGGCGUGUCGGAGGCGGGGCUGCGUGCGCAGCUGGCCCAGUGGCUGGACCUCAGCCUCAACCGCAAGGUCCCGCCCUCGCUGCUGCUGCUGUCGCGGGCGCUGCUGCUGCCUGACACGGUGCCAGCCUCCGACCAGCUCAAGGCCACGCUCUCCGUGCUGCCCGACACCCUGGUGACGCAUGCGAAAGCUGCCAUCGGAGAGCGCGAAGGCAAGAUCGACAACAAGACCAGGCUGGAGCUGAUCAAGGAAGAGGAGAAGAGGAUCAAAGAGGAACUCCUGGAAGAGACGGAGGAACUUCAGAGGCAGACAGAGAGGGAGGUGAAGGAAGUUCUUCUGGAUAAAGCACCGGUCCUCACUGAUGAAACCUCUCAUAUCCUAGCAUUCAAGGAGCUUCUCUCAGAAGAAAAGAAGAAAGAAGAGUUAACAACGGAAGAUUUGGAGAUGCUUGAAGAUGCUUUGGACUCUCUAGCCAAGGAGAAAAAGAAUCUGAUAGUGGAAAAGGAAGAGCUGGGAAGUUUGAAGGAAGAACUUGAAGACUAUAAGGAGGACCUGGUGGACCUGGAACAGCUGGUGCAGGCGGGAGACAGGCUGGACAAGGUGCGGGAGACCAAGGCCGCCCGCCGGCUCUACAACAAGGUCAGCAAGAUGAUCGGCAAGAUGGACGCCGUGCUGGGCGAGCUGGGGCGCGAGGAGCGCAAGAUGGCCGACGUGCGGCAGGUCACCGCCGAGCUGCAGGAGAAGAAGAGUGAUGAUCUGAUCACCAUCGAAGAAAUGCUAAGUGCCAUCAGACACAUUCAGAGCUCGUCUGAUAACUCGCUGGUGCAAAGAAUCAGUGAAGUUCUGGAGAAGAUGGAUCUGGACAAGGAUGGAGCCAUCCGUGUGGAUCACAUGCUGAAAGUGCUCGAGGCGGUCGGGAACGAGAACGUGAAGCUGGACAGGAAGCAGCUGGACGAGCUGCUGGAGGUGCUGAAGAAGGAAGAGGUGCUGGAGCUGGAGGACCAGAUCGCCAGGGCCCUGGAGAAGCAGUCCGGCCGGAAGGACCUGGAGAAGAGGCGGGCGACGGAGGAGCAGGGGGAGCAGGCCGGCGGCCGGGAGCAGGCGGCAAGGGCGCCCGAGCGCGCCCGGGACCAGGAGGAGGGGGAGAGGAAGGCGGAGGCGCCCGCCGCCACGCCCGCCAACGCCGCGAUGGCCGCCACCCAGCAGCCCAAGCCCCCCGCCGCGACCAUCGACGGCCCUGCCGAGGGCAAGGGCGGCUCCAAAACACUGUGAUCGCCAGAGUUGGGACGUAAUGGGCCCUAGCCCUUUCGAGGUAGCCACUAACGUUGCUGUACCUCGGGCCUGUGUUGCAAUUUUCAAACAUGACCCCUUUUUUAUUUUUAUUAUUAUUAUUAUUAUUAUUAUUAUUACCAUAAGCCUAUCUGGCAUGUUGCCACUGUGCUGCAUCUAUGUUCAAAUCCACACUUUACGCAGAUCUUAAUAAAACUGUAUUACACAUUUUCGUCAAAUUUUCACGUAAUUUUACAAACUAAUUGCGGAGUUUCAGUUGGUAGCUCAAAUAGUUCUAAUUCAUUAAACUGAUAAAAUCCAGAUUUUUAUAUUUGGUUGCAUAUUUUAAAGAGUACAAUUUCUGAACUAUUGACACAAAGUGGUGCUAAUUUAAAUGAAGGUAUGUUGUAGCCUUGGGGUUUUAGACAUAACUGAGAACUAACCAACUUUUUCUUGUUUAAAAAUACAUUAUUAAAUGCACUUUUUUGUGCGAGUAUUCAUUACUGUAGUAAUGUCUUUCCAUUAUGCAGUUUGCCACAAACUUCAGAACUUGCAUAGCAGCACUCACGGUAGAAUCUUUGUUAGAAUAUCAUGUUUUACUCGCUCCUGAACUCACUAAUUCACACAAAUUUUUUCACCUGGUUCUUAUGAUAGUUGAUGCAGUAAACAUGUUGUACUUUGUCUCAUGAUUUUAAUAUUUUUCUUUGGUUUCUUGAUAAGUACGAGGUUGAGUAAAAGGGGUAUAAUGUUAUUUAAAUUCCAGCAGAAACCAUGUCUUUAAAUUUUGUUGACAUGAUGAGGAUUCUGUAAUGAUACCAGUUGUAUGAGAGAGAGUAAUAGUUGCGGCGAUGGUAUAAUCUAUUUACGUGGCUAAGGGAAAAUUUAAGUGAUAGUUUAAUGUUCAGUACAAAAUUUUUGGGCAUGGUUGUUUUGGCUAUUGUGUUCUGCUGCCAGACUUGUCACUCAAUUGGUUUCAAUUAAAUGCAACAGGAAUUUUUAUUUUGAUAAGGAGUAAUACUCUAAAUAGUCUAAGUAUUUAAAGAGCACUGUCUUUGGAAAGGUAACAUUACUGAGUACUAAGUUGUGACUCAUGUUCGACUAUCGUAUUUUUUGACUGGAUGUACAAGAGUUUUGGAAAGAAGUUGCCAAGUUUAAUAUCUAGAUGCACAAAUGAGACAAACGUCUAUAAGAAGCACAGUGAAAAUGUAGUCUUGGAACCUCCAGUGAUUUUAGCUAGUAGAGACAAGAUUAUAUGGUGAACUGCGAUAAAACUGAAAUAACACCGAAAUGCAAGUUAACACCAUAUAGCACUGAAAUUUAAGUUAUAUCAUGGAAUAAAGUAGGAUUUAAACGAAACUUUAUUCAAAUCUAAGAAAACCAAUCUUUUAAUGGUUGAAAUUCAAGGAAUGUCAUCAUUUCUGGACAAAAAUUGUACCAAUGUGCAUGGCUCAGAAAGUUUUAUUAAAUUUGUUUAGUUUUGCAUCUCUUAUUGACUCCAUUUAAACCAUAAAUCCUUACUAAUUUAUUUUGAUUGUUCUGAAUGUUUAUGUUUUAGACCAAUUCAUUAGAAAAUUAUUUCACUGUAAAAAUGCAUUAUAUAAAUGUUACCCAUUUUUUGGUGGAGUAAGUACUAUAAUAAAACAAACACAUCAAUAUCAUCUGUUUUAAAAAUGUAAUUGGACUAAAAAUAAAACCAUAAAAUCUUGUCUGUAGUAGCUAAAUGAUAAGUGUUGGUUGGCCAACAAAAAUUUAAUAACAUAAUUUUUUUUAAGUCUUCCCAGCAUGAUUUGAUCAUCACUAUAGUAUACAAUUUUGAAUUUGGAUAGUUUACAAUACCAAUUAUUGGGAAGAAUGUCACAGAUUUGUGCUGAUUCCAGCAUGUAUUGAGUAAUGGUGUGUAUUCAAAGUGGUGCAGUUUGCAAAAUAUUUAGUAUUUGUUGCUAACUGUUUAAUGGAUUUUGUCCUUUCACUAUUUUAUUAGUUGUAACACAAGCUCGGGUCUAAUUUAAUUUAUGUGUAAAUAGAAAGUACUUCUUGUAUAACAGUUAUUAAAUGUUAGUUUGUAUUUUGUAGCAGUUGUUUUGAAACUAUGCCAUGUGUCUGUAGUUGGAGCAGAGAAAUGUGUUUCCAUUUUUCUUCUAAUUUAAUCUGUAUUUUUCAUGUAGUUUUUCAUUUAUAGAUGUUUCUUUCUGUUUCUUCUUUUUGUUGAAUUUUAAUUAUAGCCAGUAAUGUUGUCUGUGAUACAAGAUCAAAUAAAAUAAUUUAGUACUCGCCUUAAGUUGUGUACUGAAUGCUGCAUAAUUUUUUUAUUAUUUUGGCCUGUAAAUUGUUUUUUAUAACUUUGAGCAAUUAUUUCUUCCUAACAUGAGUUUGAGCCCAUUUUAGGUCAGACUGUAGACACUCAACUUCAAAAGUUUCUGAGUUAAGUUUCAUCCAUUUAAUGAUUUAAUUUUGUUAUUGAUGUUAAGACUAUAGACACUCUACUUUAAAAGUUUCUGAAUAAAGUAUCAAAUAUUCACCCAUUAAAUGAUUUAAUUUUGUUACUGAUGUUAAGACUAUGUCACGCUAAAAUUGCAAUAAUAAUUAAAUUUGAAACUAUUUAUUCAAGUUGGUUAAUAUUUACAAUAUAUAAACAGCAAGACUAUUAGGCUGGCCGUCCACAGCAACAGAAUUGAACUGAAAAGUAUAUGACCGUCUGUGGCCACAAAUGGCAGAAAGAUCCAAUAACAAGAGAGGGAAUUGGAACGCGUCCACUACACACUCCCUAUUCUGCCGUUUACAGCUGAUGGCCCAAUCCCAUGGAGACUGGAUUUUCCAUUCCAUUUGACCGAACUAUCCUUUAAUACUCAAUAAUAUAUAGACAUCUAAUGUUUGCGGAAACUUUAUAGUACUAGCUGCAGUACCCGGCGUUGCCCGGGCUAAACACAUGGAGCUUUAUUGUCUGCGAGUUAAAGCAAACUGGAUAGCACUAUAUGACAGUGUGUUGGACAUAGAGAAAUGUCACACCAUUACUGUUUGUAUGUCUAUGACCUAUGAUUUUUUGAUUUUUGUUUACCCAUGGCGAUCGGUUAUUUAUUAUUAUUAAUUAUAAAUUAUUAAGACCAUUAAUCAAAAUAAAAACUAUCCUAUCUCUCAAGUUGGAAAAAAUUACACAUAAAUGCCAAUUAUCAUCAAAAUCGGUUGACUUGGUGAAGAGUUCACUGGAAACAAACAUCAGGACACUGGAUUUAUAUACAUUAAGAUUAACAUUUUAAUGAAUUUUAAAAAGGUGGACAGUGUUUUGAUAAAAUUACUUGUCAAAAAUCAGGUUCAAGCCAUGGUUUAGUAUGUGUGUGUCUGUGUAUGUAUGUAUUUACACAUGCAUAUAAAAGCUCGCAGCCUGAUGGUACACAACUGGUAACUGAUGGCCAAAUGUCGACUCCAGUGAUUGCUCUUUUGGCUCCUCUGCCGGUCGUCUGUUUGUUCGGCCGAACACGACCGGUGGAAUGUUCGUCCCUUCACGGUUCCAGUGGACGGCCGGCCUUAACCUUGUUAAUUUGAGGCCUCACUGUAGCACAAAAGUUAUUCUAUCUCCAAUUUCUUAGACAGGUAGCUUAAGUGUUACGCUGCGGCGACUAUUUAUUUUAUAUCACAAUGACAGUUAUGCACUUAAAAUAUAAAAGUAAGCUAUCAGAUUACUUUUACACACAGAUAGCAAACAGACAUACAUACAUACAUACAUACAUAGUGCAUUCCAACUUAGCUUUUUUUUUUAAAUCGACUUCCAACGAUCAUUUGUGUUAACUAAGACACAAAAUUAAACUGAGUACUAUUAUGUUCUCCUUCUUGCUGGAAAGAAAGGACAGUUAGUUGAUGCUUAUUGGAAUUAGGUGCACUUAUGACGUGUAAGCUUCUAAGGAUGCUUUUGCGGAUAUUUCUUUACGUGGAAAUUAUAUCGCCUUAUUUUCCAUUCUCGUAAGGAAACUCUUUCGUAUCCAAUCUCAGACAACAAAAUUUAAGUCGACAGCAAAGCACCCUUUUCUCCAUUUAUCUUGCAUCACGUGUGACUAACACUGUUGCUUUGACAUUUUCUAGAUGCACAGAAACAGUUUCCUGGAGGUAAAUUUCAAGUGGCACUGCUAGAAAAGGAGUUUACCGGUUUUGCCAUUUAGUUUAAAGAAGCAAAGCAACCUGGGAAAUAUUAGAUGAUGUGAACAAAUAAUGUAAAUGCACUGGACUUAGACAGAGUGCGCGAAAUGUAGGGUUUUUGUGUCAAGGGGGUUAUUUCAAGAUUCUGAGAGAUUCCGACAGAAAUUAAAUAUUAGAUAUUUGGGCAUUGUGUAUCUUAUAAUUAAUUUACUAAGCACCUAACCUGUACUGCUUGACAUCUUGCCAAGCCUGUGAACAUUUUUUAAAUUCUGUAUGUGUAUACUAAGCAGAAAGUUCGGGAAUUGCAUGGCGUAAAUUUACGGGAAUGUCAAAAACAAGAAAUGUGUUUUGAAGUAACGCAUGCCCGGAACAAAACCCUGCAAAGUUAAAAGGUGCAAAAUUUGACGGGCUUCGGGACAGUACUCCUGUGGUUGAGAGGACGCGUGAUCGCAGUGCAGUGACGUCCAAACGCUCCGUGAGAAUCAGGCAACAAGCCGGGCCCAGACGUUUCAGUCGGCCACGUGCAGUUUUGGUGUACAUAAACCUGCGUGGUAUUAACCGCUGUUAUUGGUUUUUGCAUGUCUGUACACCUUUAACAUAUUAGCUCUGUGAAUGUGAAGACUUAUCGUUCUGUUGCUGCUUGUUGAAUUGUAAUUGCAGCAACGUACUCGCUAAGUCAUCACUACACUAUUUGCCGAAAUCCAAACGUGCGAACGUGCCACACAACCGGCUAUCUGCUAUGUUUUACGCUAGACUGCUGGUUGCUAGUGCGUUUGACUGACUCUGUACGUCUGCGCCUGGCUCGUCACCUGUAUCCCGCGCAGGGCCGGAUUUAGAGGUCUGGAGGCCUCGGGGCAACAGAGGAGUGGAAGCCCCCUGGCCCCAAAUUAUUUUCCAAAUAAAAAACAAUUUUUUUCCAGUCGAGUUUUACAAUAAAUAAUUUAUUGUGAAAUCAAGUAGAAUUAUAUGAAAUUAAAUUUUAGUGUUAAUGAAUAUUUCUGUUAAAAUUUAACAAUAAUAUAAUCAUGUAUGUACAAAGUACUGUAGGUAAAGGUAAAACAGCGAAAAAAGAAUAUCAAAGGAAAAGAUGUUUAUUAGUGUUUGCUUGUCGGAAUUUGAAAGAUUGUUUUCCGAAGUCUCUAUUGUGAUUUGUGGGCGUCCUCCGUUUGUGGAGGCCCCGGGGCUUUCGCCCCAGUUGCCAUCCCCUAAAUCCGGCCCUGAUCCCGCAGAGUGUUGGAACGUCACUGCGCUGCAGUCGCGUGUCCUCUCGGCCAGUGGCAUAGUUCCUGAAGCCCACCAAAUUCAAAUUUGCACACUGCUGUUCGCGCUUGUGGCUUUUCAGGGUUUUGUUUCUGGACAUAGUUUCCUUGACAAAAAUUGCUUCUUUUGGCAUUUCCUGGCCCCCAUUAAAUCUCUGUACAAGUAGACAAAUUUUACUUCCAAAAUAUUAGUAUUUUUUUUUUACUUUUGCUAUUAAAAAAAUUAGUUUAAAUUUUUUUACAAAUUUAUAAUUAUGAUGGUAACAUGCAUCAUGAUAUUUUUCCUGCUUGAAAUAAUAUGAAGUUUUAUUUUUUUCUCUCUGAAGGAAAUAAUCACACUAGACAGUACAUAUUUGUGAAGACUUGGGGGCAGGUGGGUAUAAUUUCAGAAACGUCAGAUUUUAUUUCUAACAUAUUGGUUUUAGGCUCUUUGUGUAUUAGUUUAUUCUUCUGCUUUUUUUAUUGUUUUUUUUUAUUAUUUUUUUUUAUUAGUAAUAUGUAAUCACUGUAGUCAAGACUAGUUCAUAGCCUGCUGAGUACAUUUUCAAAAUUCAUGCCAGUGUUGAGAAGUCUUUAUGCACGCAAAGAACUGUGUUUGCUGCAUUGUCCUUAAAAAUGUCGUCACAUGCUACUUUUUUUUUUUUUUUUUUUUUUUUUUUUUUUCAUGAAGAUCCAAAUUCAUGUUAGGACAAUAGUGGUUCCACUUGAAAGUCAGAUUGGUCAUUUACUUGAAAUCCUGGAAAAGUCAUGUGAAUUCCCCAGUGAUAUUAUUUUGAAGUGGAAAAUUUCAUGCCCCAGCCUGCCAUCACCCAGACUAUGAAAGCAUAUUGUUUUUGCAAGAUGGUGUUUUAGUGCAUAGUCAUAGGCACUAUAAAAUGGUGUCUGCAAGGUUCACUUUGAAAUAAAGUGGAAAGAGAACAAGGCUAGCUGUGGGGAUCUUUAUUUUUGAAAAUUGAAACAUAGAUAAUUAUUUUUUAGUUAGUCAUGGAAAUUUGUAAAUUUGGUGAUGGAAAAGUCAAGGAAAUAUUAGAGAUUUCAAUUGUGUGAACACACUGGUUAUUCAAUUUGCUCAUUAUUAGGGGUCUUCCUAUACCCCAUACUGUAAUUUGAUAUUGGCCUCUAUUUAGCUCUUGACCGAUCAACACAAGUUUCAAAGGAUUGGGAUUAUUUUUUAAUACUUGCAAUGCGUAUUUGUCAUUGUUAUAUUUUUUUUUAUCUUUAUUGAAUUAUUUUAACUACAUUACUAAAGGCAAAUCUCUAAAAUUAUAAACUUAGGCACUAUUUAACUACAAGAAUGAAAAUAAAAAUUAAGUUGUUUACCUUAUAAAUAAGUAAUCCACAAUCUUCAAUGAACUUGCUUUGAAUUUAGUUCUAGAAAUAAUGAUCUCAAACUAACUUUAAAAAAAAAAAAUUAUUUGAUUAUUUAAUCAUAUAGUGUGGCUAGCAAUUGUAAAUGUUAAUUGUAGGAUCAGGUAUCAGUUGGAGGUAUUGAGGUAUGAGGUAUUGGAACAGUCUUAUGUACUGUCACAUUUUUAUGCCAAGAAGUAGCAUUUUCCCAUUACUGUUGGCAUUUUUUUAAUCUGGCAUUCUUAUGUUCCGCACGUUUUGCACUAGCUACCAGCGGUCCAGCGUACGGCAGAGUGAAUGGUUGGUUGUGGUACAUAAACUGGUUUGGAUUUUGGUAACUAGCAUAGUGAUGACUGUUAGCGGGUACGUUGCUGCGAUAUUACAGUUUGACAAACGGAAGUAGCACGACAAGACUUCACAUUUGCAGUGUCGGCUAGUAUGUUAAUGGUGUGCAGGCAGGCAAAAAAAAAAAAAAAAACAAUUGCAGUUCAUACCACGCAGGUUGAUGAUGUACACCAGACUGCGUAUGGUCGACUCUAAACGUCCGCGCUCGGCUUGUUGCGUGCUUCCCUGCGGAGCGUUCGUUACGCCAAUGUGCUGCGAUCACGCGUCGUCUCGACCAGUGGAGUAGUGUCCCGAAGCCCGCCAAGUUAAAUCUGUGUGCUACAUUUCGCAACUGUGACUUUGCAGGAUUUUGUUUCUGGGCAUAUUUUCCUAAACUAAAAAUUGCUCGUUUCGGCAUUCCCUGUCGCCCGUCAACACCAAUUGAGCUGCUCAAGUUCAGAUUUUUUGAUGGAUUCUGGAGUGUGUUCACGGAUGCAGCGUAACGACAAAAAGAUGUUGAAACAGUAUACUUUGUCUUACCAUAGAGCAGUUAAUUUUUAUAUAUAUAUAUAUAUAUAUAUAUAUAUAUAUAUAUAUAUAUAUAUAUAUAUAUAUAUAUAUAUAUAUAAAGAGAGAGAGAGAGAGAAGAGACAGAAAGAGAGACAGAGAGACAGAGACAGAGAGAGACAGUUAAAGUCGUAGUACUGUUCUGAUAUUUCUUUGGUGUUCCCUUUAAAACUAUGCUGAAAUUCGAUAAUCCAGCAAAUUCACUAAUCUGGCACACGCUGAAUUAAACAGCCAUUACUGUAUACCAAUAUAAUAUCUGCCAAUUCCUGUAUUUCUUCACCCUUGUGUAUGACCGUAAACGUUAACACUUAUUAUUUAGUCACUUUUUUUUUUACUGUGAGUUAAUCAAAUAUUUUGGUUUGUGAAUAAAAUUAUUGGAACUCUAUAGCUUGGUGUAUAAUUAUUAAACUUACAUGAUUCUAUUAAUAGUGUUCAUAUUACUGGUGUGCAUGUCUAACUAGAGUUGUUUUGUAUUUAUGUAAAUUUUACAAUUAUUUUUUUGUAACUUUAAUUUCAAGUGCAUUUAACAAAUUGCUGCUUUCUAUUAUAUAUUUCCCAAAAUUUUGACUUGUGAUGUAGGUAAUUAGAUGCUAUUAUGUGGUGAUUUUCAAAACAUGAAGGUAUCAGUUUUCUUUUCUAAAAUUAAAUUUUAAAUGGUGCUUUGUAACGUAUUUAAAAGGACUCCUGAUUUUUUUUUUAACUUUAAAAAAGUUUAUAAUUCAAGUGUUUGCAUGCUUCUCUUGGCAUCAGUGGCAUAGCCAGGAUUUGUGUAUGGGGGGUGUUAAGAAGCAUGGCCGCCCCGUAUUAAAGUGGGGGGUCCGGGGGUCCUCCCCCGGGAAAAUUUGGAUUUUAAGGUGUAAAAUAGUGCUACUUUAGCAGUUUUUGGUACUUUAAAUUUAAAUAUUGUAAUGAUAAAAAAAAAUUUAUUUUUAAUAUGAAAUUUGUUUGAGUGAUUAAUAAGAAAUUAAAGAUUUGGUGCUAAGGGGGGGAGGGGGGGGUUGCACCCCUAAACCCCCCCCCUGGCUACGCCCCUGCUUGGCAUGAUAGUGCUGGUCAUGUAACAUGUUGUGCUCUGUAUUUUAUAUUAGCAAGUUUGGCAUCCUGAAUUUUAAUUUGCAAAAUUUUUAGAAAUAAGGGGUUAUGUAAUACAAUAGCAGCAAGCACUAAAGACAUCAGUACCCAAUAUACCUGUCUUUUGAUCAAAUCCUUAAAAUAUUUGCUUAGCGUUUGUGAAGAAAUAUCUGGCAUAUUUGGCUCCCUUCCUCAAAGAACACACAGCACUUUUUUAUGACAGUUACCGGGUAAAAAAAAUAAUUACCUGAUACAUAAUUCUUGCACUUUACUAGUAUGAGUUGGGCAUGUGUAAAAUGUAAUGAUGUGCUAUUGUAGCAAUUUGUAAUUUUUUUUUAACAUAUGUUUUACUGUCCAGGGUUAAUUCAGCAGAGCAUUCACGUAUGUGGGGGAUUCUGGAAGGCUAAAGCUUCUAUGUAUAGUAUUUUAUUUUGUUUUAACAAUAUUUUCAUUUCCAACACAAGAUGAAUGUUUUUACAUUUUUGUUUUAGUAUUGUCUCAAUGUUUUACUUAGUGAAUUGAAACAUACAAUCGUAGUAUAAUUUUUACGUAACUGGACGUUUACCAUUCUGCCCCCUCAAAUUAUGGUUGAACCAUAGGAAAGUGAGGGAGUUACGUGUUAGUUAUAUGUACUGUUAUAUGAACAUUUCUUCUUUUCCUGAAGUUAGAUUGUGUGUAAUGUUCACAGAUUAAAUUUAUAGCAUUCUUUUAGUCUAAAUAAGCAGUCUUGGAAAAAUUUAUGUUAAGUCUAGGUGACAAAUACUCACCUGCAAUUUAAUAUGGUCGUAGGUAUCACUUAGUGGAUCAUGAUGUGGCCACUGGUUUUUAAUAAAUCCUGGUUUUGGAGUGGUGAAGUAAGUGUAAAUAUUGUGAUUUAUGUAAAACCCAGCCGGUCUGGUGUUGUUUUGUCUGUUAUGUACAUAGUGGCAGCGAUUGAUGAGUAAUAAGUCACCCGUAGUUGAACUUUACGUUCUGUUGUACAGAAUAUCCCAUCUGUAAUGAACAUAUGCUUGUAACCAAAUAAUUUUGCGUAAUAUAGUUUUUUUUUCCCCUAAAAUGUGAAUAUUCAUUGAUCCUUUAUUAUUUAAACAAAUUUCCUUGUUUGAACACUUUAAGUACAAUUUAAUCCCUUUACUUUUUUUAGCUUGUUAUUAUAAACAAAUGUAUCUCAAAUACACAGAAGUAGGUAUAAUUUAUAUGCAUUAAUGAACUUGAGAAUAUUAUACAGCAGGAAAAUUUUAAACCCAAAAUAUGUUUUAUGAAUUUGGAUAUUAUCUUCAACUAUUUUAUUAAAUUAAUUAAUUUUAAUGUUUGAAAAAAUAAAUAACAAAUAGUGAACAGGUUUUUUUUCCCUGAUAGCAUUUUGGUUUACGUGUUAAAAUUUUUGUGCCUUUCUAGUGGCAAAUUGUUAACAUGGGUGAUGUGGUAUUUGAGUAAAACAUAAUAAAAAUGUUUGUAAUUAAUAAUAAAUGUAAUGUAUGUAUUCGAGACAAAUUAAUUGUAUUACAUAAUGUGUACUGGAUCGUUAUAAAUUAGUAUUGAUACCAAAAAAAAAAUAUGUGUACAAUACAGUUAUACUUGGACGACUGCUUCUAUCAUGCAUCUUUCAGUCUUUUGCUUCAUCGCCUUCUAACCUGCCAACUUCCUUCUUUUUCUCUCCCUUGUGUGCUCACAUACUGCCGCAAAAAAAAAUUCCCAACAGGGAUUUUUUUUUUUGCGGCCAGAGAUAUGGGCUGUUGUGAAGUGGAGCGGAUUUAUUCCCAAAUAUGAUAACAGCUGUUUCAUCUGUCAAAUUGGCAAGCUCCGAGACUUCCUGGAGAUAAAUUUUACAGGAGAGAGUAACAAAAAACAAACACUUGUAUCAAUGUAACACAACCCUCACUACAGGUUGUAACAGUAUGCCUCCUGCAACACCUUUUUUUUUUUUUUCCGUUUAGAAUAUUAACAAUAAUAAGGUAUGUAAAAAGGGUAUUCAAGAAAGUAUAGUGCCUGGUUGAGUUUUGAAAAUUGUUUAAUACAUGAGUUUAGACUUUAGACAGUAGAAUUUAAAAAAAAAAUCAAGUUUAUUGCUAAUUAUACAAUACACACAGUUCAUAUUUACCGUUAUUGCCAUAUUCAGUGUUUAAUUCUUUAUUUGAUUUGAAGGAAAAAAAAAUUGUACAUUAAAAAAUGGGGAGAGGGCCUGAAAAAGUGUUUUGCCCCCCAGUUUCUCUUGAUGGCCCUGAUGAUAAACACACACUCAAUACGGCUUACUGUAAAAUAAUACUACUUACAUGACACUUUUAUUUUAAGAAUUUAAAAUAAAAUAUUCCUACAAAUUAUAUGAUUAUUAAAUUUUAUACUUGUUUUUUUAAACAAGAAUUGCCAUAUGAUGCUGAACAUUGAGCUGUCGAGACUCAAAUAUCAACUUCAGUUUAGAAAGUUAUAUAUGUGGGGUGAUACGAGUUCUUAUCUUUUAAAUUAUUUUUUAACUUAUUUUAUUUUCAUUGAUUUGAGAACUUUCAAAAUUUUAUUUAGUGCCAGGCUAAACUUUUAAAAUAUUUGUAUGUAAGCAAAAAAAACAGUUUUAGAGUUCACUACAUUUGUUUUUAUUAGUUAUUAAUUCUUUUAGAGCUUUUAACAUUCGCAUAAAUAUCUAGUUCCAGUAAUUAUAUGUAUGACUGAUUGUAAACACACAAAGGAUAUAUGUGCGAGAAGAGCUUAUUAUCAUAAACAUUUUUUUAAUGUGUUUAUUAAAGAAGUAAACAAAAAUUGAAAAAAGUUUCUAACGUGUCUGUUUUUGUGUCUGAAGUCCCUAAUUUAUAAUUAAGCUUAGUAGCAUAUAAAGCUUUCACAUGUGCUAAUGUAUAUUGGCUUCUCUUAAAGCUGGUGUGAGUUGUUUUAUAAAGUUGCACAGUUGUAACCACAUUGAUGCCAGAGUAGAAAACAGUAUUAAAUGGCUAAUAGCUGCCACAUGUAUAUAUUGUGUUAUUUUUUGUAGUAAAAUAAAUGUUAUGAAUAAAUUUAAAAAA